UCACACACAGAUAAUGGCGACGAACAGCGCAGCCAGCCGAGAAGCCCGCAGAAGAAAGAUUCUGGAAAGAGGAGCUGAUCGAUUAGCUCUCAUCACCGGCCGGACCGAAACCCUACCAUCGGAAUCUCACAAUGACUCGAAUUCCGAUCAAUUGCUCCGUCUUCAAGACCCACCACCACAACCGCCACCAUCUCAACUCUCCGAUCAAAUUACUGCUUUUCCUGAUGGCGGGGACAGAGGAUUCAGCUCUAUAUUGCCAAGUAAUGAUCCCAUUAUUGAUGCUGGCAACAUAGAACCUCCCUCGCACAGACAUGAGAAAACUAUGGAAAGCUCUAGAGCUUCAGCUUCAGAUGGAGACAGCAAUGAGCGAUCACUUUUGGCCUUAUCAAUAGAUGAGACGUCGAAUAUGUCCGCCUCAGGCACUGUGCAAAAUUUAGAUCCGCAGAGACGCCCAAAUAGAUUUUUCACUCCAAGUCAAAUAAGCUCUGCCAUUGCAACUUCAGAGAGAUACCGUCUUUUUUGUUCUGUAACUAUAGCCCUCUUUGUUGUCUUGUCAUAUUUAGGAUUUCCACUGCUAGGUGGCAACAUGAUAAAAAGCAUUGUAAGUUUUAGGCCUCUUUAUCUUGUUUUACUAACUAACCUCACUCUUGUGCUGGCACGGCUUCUUUUCAAUAACCAGAGAGGUUUUGAAAGGGUUGGUGGACGAGAAUCUACUAUUCCUUCGAUGAACAAAAAUGACUGGGCUGACCAAGCAGGCAGGGUUUUGGAGGUGGGUUUGGUGAUUCAGAAGGCCAUCGAGGCUGUUUUCAUGGAUUGCAGUGUAUAUGUAUUAAUUGUAACUGCUGGCUUCUCUUUUGUCCGGUGACUUAGUUACUUGACUACUUUGAUAGUAGUAUUUGUUUGAACAUGUAUUGUUUCAUAUUGAUACUGUUGAUUGUGCCUUGAACAAGACCUUUUUUCGGUGACUCUCUGGUUGCUAAAUAAAUUUAUGAUUUUUUCUAGUA